UCACAAGAGCACUGUCUGAGAAAGCAUCAGACCUGCGCCAAUCCUAAAUGUCCCAUCUUGCAAUGUUAACAAAACUGAAGGCGCUUCAAAGUUGGAUGGGUUCUUGGCUCACUUCAGCUGUUUAUCACCGUGUUGUGUUACCAUGCACAGUUGAAGAGUACCAAGUGGGGCAGCUGUACUCGGUAGCAGAGGCCAGUAAGAAUGAGACCGGUGGAGGGGAGGGCAUCGAGGUGCUUAAGAACGAGCCCUACGUGAAGGACGGAGAGAAGGGCCAGUACACGCACAAAAUCUACCACCUGAAAAGUAAAGUUCCAGCCUUCGUGAAAAUGAUUGCACCAGAAGGGUCUCUCGUGUUCCACGAGAAGGCCUGGAAUGCGUACCCUUACUGUCGGACCAUUGUAACGAAUGAAUACAUGAAAGAUGACUUCUUCAUCAAAAUUGAGACCUGGCAUAAGCCUGAUCUCGGAACAGUUGAAAAUGUCCAUAAACUCGACAACGCAACAUGGAAGUCGGUGGAGGUGGUGCCUAUUGACAUCGCCGACAGAGAUCAAGUGGCCCCCGGAGACUACAAGGAAGAUGAGGACCCAGCACUGUUUAAAUCAGCCAAGACUAACCGCGGCCCGCUGGGGCCCAACUGGAAGAAGGAGCUGGCUAAUAAGCCAGACUGCCCCCGCAUGUGCGCUUAUAAACUGGUCACCGUCAAGUUCAAGUGGUGGGGCCUGCAGAGCAAAGUGGAGAGCUUCAUUCACAGACAAGAGAAGCGGAUCUUUACCAACUUUCACCGCCAGCUCUUCUGCUGGAUUGAUAAGUGGGUGGAGCUCACCAUGGAGGACAUCAGAAGAAUGGAGGCAGAGACGCAGAAAGAGCUGGAGGAGAUGCGUAAGACCGGCUUGGUGCGAGGCACGAAGGCCACCGAUGAGUAGCCGCUCCAGGUGUAGGUCUGAUUUGAGGCUGUCUUCGCAGAAAGGGUCAAGUGCGAGGAACCAGCGCUGCCGACGAAUGAGACCAACAUCUCCCCAUGACUGCGACCAUGAUAUGAAAACGCCUACAAGAUCUCCCAAAACAACCUAUCGCAGAGCUCCUUUACUUCCUCCCACCCAAUCAAGAAGGAGAGGAACUGGGCUCGUCACUGUCGAUCAUUAGAACAGGUCCCCGACAAUUGACCCAAUCACUACCAACCUCUGUCGACAGAAUAAUCAGUGCUUUGAGAAUGACAGAGAAUGGUUCUUUUACCCAACGGCCUGCAUUAGAACUGCCUUCUCUUCUCCUCCCCCUUGUCCAGUCCAGUCCUCACUUCAUUCCAGAGGCAGAUCGCAGGCUGACCGUAAGGAAAAGGAACACAACCAAAAACAAUGGUCUCCUACCACAGACAUCUCACAGCACGGCUUUCCUUUUGGCUUAUAUCAGAGCAAGCCCUCUGAAAAUUUAAUCCAGACUUUAGCUAGUUGCUUUUACUAUCCCCCCCCCCCCCCCCCCCUCCCCCUCCCCAAGUAUAUAUUAAUUUGUUUGUUCUUGUUCAUUCCGCUAGGGGCAAGUCCUUGCUCUUCAUGUCUGUGUCCCGUUUUUCUCCUCCGUACCCUGUUUUUUUUUUUUUUUUUUUUUGCCAGAGGUGACGUGCAAAAUGUAUUUUCUCUGGGCAGGGUAGAACUUGUGGGGCGUCGUCGGGUUUUUUCCCCUCUCCCCUCACAUCCCUGCUCUCGUGUCCUCUCCUGCCUCAGCAUUCAUUAAGAGAUUACUGUCUCAUCGCCCACACACACACACACACACACACACACACACACUCACACUCCCAGGUGUGAAAGCUUAUGCAGUGACUGGUCUACUCUACAUCCUGGAUGGGCAGAUCUCUACAGGUAUCUAGUUUAUUAAUGCCUUACUUUGUUUAUGUAGGUCUCAGCCACCAAACAUGCAGUCACUCACGCAGGUGCCUCUAGGUAUUGCGGUUGUGAUUGUUUUGCACUGCAAGUAAAGCUGCUUUUUUCGUCUAUAUUUCUCUAAAAACCCAGUACAAGUUAUAUGUCCCUCUCUGAGUUGUGAUUUAACAACCGCAACAGAGUCGUUCAUGUUACCAGACUAGUGCCUUGCUGGGCUGAAUUUAGCAGUGAAUGUAAACCUCCUUUUGUGGCACAACCUCUAACCUAUGCACAUGUAUCAACAUCAACACCAUUUCAGGUUUCCCGAAACAACAACGCCCUGCACUUAAUGCUAAUUAAUAGAUAGUUAAUAGAUGCCCCUUAAAAUGUAACAUCUACAAUCAUGGGAAGAUGCAAUAGGCUUAUAGGUCUCAACUAGUUAAGAAAUGUUUCCCACAAACGCCUCGACUUGUGAUUUGGCACCCCUUUGGACUGGGCUUGUGGUGGUCUCCCAUGCUUUAAACCUUUCACUAAGCCAUGCUGCCUUAGAUACCUCUUAUGAUUCUAUGUUUUUUGUUUUUCUUUCUUCUGUCUAAUGUUGGGAUUUCAACUCUCAGACAAAAAUUGUGAGUGUGUGCAUAAAUGUAUGACUCGAGGUAACUGUACGACUUAACCUCUGCCCCCCCCCCCCCCAUACAACCAUACAACUGCUUGUUUAUUUUACCCUUAAAAAAAAGAAAUCUCUGGAAUGGCCAGACGGACUGUGAGGAAAUGUGUUCAAUGCAUAAAUGGAAUGCAUCGGUAUUAUGGUCCCAUGAUCUCUGUUGGCUCGCCAACUCUCAGCCGUUCACUAGUGCUACUUCACUUGCUGCUCCUCAGGGUCUACACGACACCAUCAUCAGCACUGCGGCACACGUUUAACCCUUUUGUUAGCUCGUCACUAACCACAAAGUGCUUCAGUUCUUUUUACUUGCUGUUAAAAAGCAUCCUGAAAUGGUAAUUUCUUUCAAUUUUUGCAAAAUUUGGGUUUGUUUGACUUCUACCUUCUUUUGACUCAUAUAAUGUCACCUGUAGCCAUCAAGAAUACCAUCCCAUCCCUGUCUAGGCCAACCUCUGACCCCCAUAGUGGGCUUCAGUCACCAGUGAUUUUCUCAGAGUUUACAUUAUUAUUUCAGUUGUCCGACUCCUUAUUGUGCUGAAGGAUCUCAUCUGGAUUAGCAUGUCCUCUGUACUUCAUUCUGUGGAGGUCUUGUGGAUGGCAGAACUCGCAUACCCCUUGUCUUGUAUCAGAAACGGACAAGUCUGCGUGCACUGCAAACCCGCCGGCACAGGCCACAGUGGCCCGUACACUGUCGGAAUGUGCAUCUAAACGAACAGAUUCACAAUUCAAUCCCAAUCUUGUUGGGACACUCUGACGACUCUGACCACCUUAACUCUCCAUAGUGGACAUGUAUAAGCCUGAACUGGAUGGCUUGCAGUUGGCAUGCUACUCGGUUGCCUGGUUAUCUAAGGAGUCUCCUUAACAUGGUUUACAAACAAAACAAAGUUGAUAGUACUGAAGUGGCCGGUGCCUCUGGAAUCCUGUUUGUAGUCUUAUAUGGUAUAUCCUAUGAGAUGUGUAAUCACGGUUUAAUUGCCUUAUUUUGAAAUCGAUUAACUGUACUCUCGCACACAACAACAACAACAAAUGAAUUGUACGCCUUUUUAAUUGUCAUUUUUUUUCUGAUCAUGAUGAAAUUCAGGGGAUGUGUUAGUGAAUGUAUGAUAUUGUGCUACUUUUGUUUGACCGUUUGUGUGUCUGUCUGAUUGAGUGGUUUGCAGGUUUUUUCCUGCAAAAAAAAACAAACAAAAAAAACUAUUUGGCAAUUGAACUCAUGUCCAAUAAAUUUAAACAAAGAGA